UUGGCAGACAUCAGCACAAAGCGCAGUGAGACCUCCACAACACCCAACUACCGAGACACCAGGCGAGAAACCACGAAAGCCGAGACCAUGACGCCCCAGGGCACACAUGCCAGCGGUGGCAACGACGCCGAGAGCACCAUCAACGCCUGGGAAAUUCUGGACAAAAUGGUGGAGGCGAGUCUAUGCGGCAUCUGCUGGAAACUGCUCGACAGAAUGUACACGGCGACGUGCGGACACAGCUACUGCAUGAAAUGCGCCGAGGAGCUCCUCAGCGGCGAGACUCGCAAUCUUCAAAUCCAGGCAGGACUUGGAAAAUGUCCUACGUGCAAGGAACGUAUUUCGAGCCCAACGAGACUCUCUGGCGGGGUGAUAAAGCCCGCUCUGAAGCAUUCAGUAAUGAUCAGGCAUAACUUCGAACAGCUCAGGACGUGGGCCAUCUGGAGAAAGGGGCAAGACGACAGAGCUCGGGCGGCUGGGGAGAGCAUAGGGGAGACGAGAUGCAACUGGCGUCUCCACGGGUGGGAAAUUAACGUCGCUGACGUUCCUGAUGAGAACGUUGGCGAGGACGAUGACGAUGACGACGACGUUGAUGCAGAUGUUGACGGCAUUGGCGAAGACGAUUCGGACGACGCCACGCAGGCCUUUUCGCAGGAAUCAUUCGAAGAACGACGGAGGCAGAUGCAACGGAGGUCCCGAUCUCCUCCAUCCGAAAACCCCCUAGCUUCUUUGGCAAGACACAACAGAGCCAUUACUCGGGCGCCUGCUGUUGUUCAUACCACUGUCGCUUCUGGAUCGUUGUUCCUGCACUCUACUCGACAGCUCGAAGCGCACUUCCUGACGGGCCGGAGGCAGGGCGACGAAAGAACGGGUGGGCUUUCGAGAGGAAACAGUGCUCCUCCUACUGGUGGCGAUGCCCGUAAUAUUGAUUAG